GGGUCGCCGGCUGUGUGUCUGGGGAUCGGGUUUUACUGCUGCCGUGUUCGUCUGUCAGUCAGCACGAUGCACGCAGCAACGACGCGGUUUUAAGUGACCGGCUCGAGGGUGAUUUGUUUUUAUCGGCGGCGACUCUGUGCAAUCGUUUUAUAUAGAUAGCUUUCCAGUGUGCGGUAGAUGUGUAGGAGCCCUUCGCUGCACCUAUGCGUAUUAUGUCAGCAAGUGCAUGCAUAGUGACAGUGUAUACGAUGUGCAAACUCAUCGUAAUUGAAAUCGAAUGACGUAUGGAUAGAUGCUUGCGCGGAUACGAGAGCGCGGUAACUAAAACUGUUCUGUCUUCAUGGUAGGCGCGCCGACUCAGCAGAGGUAUUGAUCUAUCACGCACAUACACGCGCACACACGCACAGAGACACUUCCCGCUGCUUGUGUACGUCGCCGGGGAAGGUGCUCGUGCUUUUAUCGGGGCAUAUGUCAGCCGACAUCUGCUCCGGCGAGGCCCGCUCGUGCGACGGCAGCUGGCGAGGCUAGCGGUACGGGCCGCGUGCGCACGGACGUCGCACGAUUCUCGGGUCAAGGUCGCGUAUCGAGGUCAACAUGUCGGUGUCCACCGAGAAUCUGAGCGACCGCGAGCAGUACCUGCUAGCCGAACGACGCAACCUCGGCGACAGACGGAGUCUGAGCGAUAGACAGAGCCUGAAUGAUAGCAGGAGUGCGAGUGAUAGACAGAGCCUGAGCGAUAGACGGAACCUGAGUGACAGACGCAACCUGAGCGACAGAAUGAGCCUCAGCGAUGUUCCAUUGGAGUGUCUUAGCAACAAGCAGAGCUCAGCUAGCGACAGUCACAGCGUCAGUGCGAGGACAAGAUUAAGUGAUAACGUGGGCGAGGCGGUGCGGAGACGUAGCCCGCGUCUCGCGCGCCAGGAGCACCACAGCGCCGACGACUCGCCCACUCUCGUCGCCCACGACCUCUUCGACGUCGCCGGCUGCAGCGGCAUCGUCACGGCGACGAGCGUGCGGCGCAAGGUGCGCGCGAAGCUCGACCGCAACGGCUACUCGACGUCGACGACGUCCGAGUCGAGUCAGAACGGCGACGUGCGCUCGAUGCAUUCAGGCUCACUGCACUCCAGCUCGCUGCAGUCGCAGGCCGAGGGCAGCUUCGGGAGCGUUCCCGAGGGUAGCUUUGGGAGCAUUCAGGAGACGGAGGGCUCAUCGCCGAGCGCGAUGUACGAGCCGUACGUGUGCACCCUGAGCGAAGAGUUGAUCCGCAAGGCCGAGGAGGAGCUGCAGGAAAAGCCGGAGUGGCGGACACGCGACAUCCAGGCCCUGCGAGACAUGGUGCUAGCACGACCUGACCUCAACUUUCGCAUCGACGACUCCUUCCUGCUGCGCUUCCUGCGUGCGAGAAAGUACGACUACGACAGAGCGUUCCAGCUGCUGUUGAACUACUACAGUUUACGAGCGCAGAACCCCGAUAUCUAUGCCAACCUCCUACCUUCCGCCGUGCGCGGGUUACUGGAGAGAGAUAUACAGGGAAUUCUUCCUCACAGGACUGAGCAAGGAUGUCGCAUCUUUGUCUUCAGGCCAGGUCAGUGGGACGUGGAGAAGCAUCACAUCAACGACGUGUUCCGCUGCAGCGUGCUGAUGCUCGAGAAACUAGUGCAGGAGGAGGAGACGCAGAUCAACGGCAUCGUCGCCAUCAUCGACUUCCAGUCCAUCAACCUGAACCACGUGCGCCAGAUCGGACCCUCCUACCUGAAGAAGUUCACCGCUCUUAUCCAGGACUGCUUCCCGGCAAGGUUUAAGGGCAUACACUACCUGAGAGAGCCGAUGAUAUUUGGGGUGCUUUUUGCAGUCAUCAAGCCUUUUCUGAAGCAAAAGAUACUAGAUAGGCUACACUUCCACGGCAACAACCUGAGUGCACUUCACGAGUUCAUAUCACCCGACAUCCUGCCCGCAGAGUUCGGCGGUCACCAGCCGCCGUUCUGCAACGACGACUUUCUCGAGGUCAUCCUUGCCUCCGAACGGGAAUACCAGGAAGAUGCCAAGUAUGGCCUUGUAGGGGGAUGCCAGGAGAGGGCGCUGGUGAGGCAGAGCAGCAGCGACGUUGACAUCCUGACCGGAACCUUCCGCAAAGUGUGCAUGAACGUUGGACAGGAUAGCUGAUUCCGGUGCGAACA